UUCAUUCUCAAGAUCGCGGCACGCAUACGCUUCGAUCCACUUCCCUACCAUCUCCUUCCUCCAAUUUCUCAUCCGAAUUCCUGAUGGCCCCGAAGGCGGAGAAGAAGCCCGCGGAGAAGAAGCCGGCGGAGGAGAAGAAGUCGGCGGCGGCGGCGGCCGAGAAGGGCCCGGCGGAGAAGAAGCCCAAGGCCGGGAAGAAGCUCCCCAAGGAGGGCGGCGCCGCCGACAAGAAGAAGAAGCGGGCGAAGAAGAGCGUGGAGACGUACAAGAUCUACAUCUUCAAGGUGCUGAAGCAGGUCCACCCGGACAUCGGGAUCUCCAGCAAGGCCAUGGGCAUCAUGAACAGCUUCAUCAACGACAUCUUCGAGAAGCUCGCCCAGGAGUCCUCCCGCCUUGCCAGGUACAACAAGAAGCCCACCAUCACCUCCCGGGAGAUCCAGACCGCCGUCCGCCUCGUCCUCCCCGGCGAGCUCGCCAAGCACGCCGUCUCCGAGGGCACCAAGGCCGUGACCAAGUUCACCAGGGAGAAGAAGCCCGCGGAGAAGAAGCCGGCGGAGGAGAAGAAGUCGGCGGUGGCGGAGAAGGCCCCGGCGGAGAAGAAGCCCAAGGCCGGGAAGAAACUCCCCAAGGAGGGCGGCGCCGGCGCGGCGGACAAGAAGAAGAAGCGGGUGAAGAAGAGCGUGGAGACGUACAAGAUCUACAUAUUCAAGGUGCUGAAGCAGGUGCACCCGGACAUCGGGAUCUCCAGCAAGGCCAUGGGCAUCAUGAACAGCUUCAUCAACGACAUCUUCGAGAAGCUCGCCCAGGAGGCCUCCAGGCUGGCGAGGUACAACAAGAAGCCCACCAUCACCUCCCGGGAGAUCCAGACCGCCGUCCGGCUAGUGCUCCCCGGGGAGCUCGCCAAGCACGCCGUCUCCGAGGGGACGAAGGCGGUGACCAAGUUCACGAGCUCGUGAGCGUGGGGGUAGGGUUUCCCGUGUUCGAUGGAUCUGUGGAUUGGGGGUGGUGUUUGGUAGAUAGGCUUAACUUUUUAGCUUGCUAGGGUUUGGAUUCUUCUUGGAUGUAUUUUGCGUGUUUAUGAAGCACUAUGUGAAGUUCCGGUUCCUGUUUUUAGAUUCUGCCCUGGAUGGCGAAUGAAUGAAUGAUGAUAGAUCCAUUACAA